GUGGACGGUGGGGACUGGGUGCCGUCGCCGCUGUCCGGCUGAGGCUCACAUCACCUCGCGCUGUCCUGAAAGGCUUGGGGAGCUUCCGCCACAUCCUCUGUGGCCGUGAGCUCCGGCGGCCGCGGCAAUCGCAUGGUGGUCGACCCGGUACCCCAGAAAGCGGGCAAUGGCCUCCGGGACGCUCGUGGCUGGUGCUGGGACUAGAACAAGCCUCCAGUUCUUCACUGUGUUUUACUCAUUAAAACCUCGUGCAGACUCGAGCCCGUGCAUCAUGGAGUGCUGAGUUAAAUGGAUUCAGUGACCUUUGAGGAUGUGGCUGUGAACUUCACCCUGGAAGAGUGGGUUUUACUGGAUUCUUCGCAGAAGAAACUUUACAGAGAUGUGAUGCGGGAAACCUUCAGAAACCUGGCCUCAAUAGGGAAAAAAUGGGAAGGUCAUGACACUGAAGAUGGGUACUAUACGCAGGGGAGAAAACUAAGAAUUCAUAUGGUAGAAAAACCUUAUGAAAACAAAGAGGAUCACUGUGGAGAAACCAUCACCCAGACUCCAGAUCUUAAUCUGAACAAGGAAAGUCCUUCUGGAAUAAAACCAUCUGAAGGUCCUCAGUAUAGAGAAACCAUCACCCAGACUCCAGAUCUUAUUCUGAACAAGAAAACACCUUCUGGAGUAAAAUCACCUGAAGGUCAUCAGUGUGGAGAAACUAUCACCCAGACUCCAGACCUUAGUCUGAAUAAGAAAAGUCCUUCUGGAAUAAAACCACCUGAAGGUCUUCAGUGUAGAGAAACCAUCAUCCAGACUCCAGAUCUUAAUCUGAACAAGGGAACGCCUUCUGGAGUAAAACCAUGUGAAUGUAGCGUGUGUGGAAAAGUCUUUGUGCGUCAUUCGUCCCUUAGUAGGCACAUCAGAUCUCACAGUGGACAUAAGCCAUAUGAGUACCACGAAUGUGAAGAGAAGCCAUACAAGUGUAAGGAAUGCGGGAAAGCCUUCAGUUACCGCAAAUCUGUUCACAGACACGAGAGGACUCACACUGGGGAAAAGCCCUACGAAUGUCAGGAAUGUGGGAAAGCUUUCACGUGGCUCACGACUUACCGAAGACACAUGAUAACUCACACAGGAGAGGGACCUUACAAAUGUAAGGAAUGUGGGAAGGCUUUCAGUUGUUCCACUUCGUUGCGAACACAUGAGAGAACUCACACUGGAGAGAAACCCUAUCAGUGUAAACAGUGCGGUAAAUCCCUCAGGUCCCCUCUGGGUCUGCGAAUACAUGAAAGAAAUCACACUGGAGAGAAACCCUAUGAAUGUAAGCAGUGUGGGAAAGCCCUCAGUUGUCCCAGUUCCUUUCGAAGACACGAAAGGACGCACACUGCAGAGAAACAGUAUGAAUGUAAACAGUGUGAGAAAACCUUCAGCUCCCCUCUAGGCUUGCGGAUACAUGAAAGAAUUCACACAGGAGAGAAACCUUAUGAAUGUGAGGAAUGCGGAAAAGCCUUCAUUUCUCUGUCAAGCAUUCGAACCCACAUGAUCACACACACUGGGGAUGGACCUUACAAGUGUAAGGAAUGUGGGAAAGCCUUCAUUUGUCCCAGUUCCUUUCGAUCUCAUGAAAGGACUCACACUGGAGAGAAACCCUAUGAAUGUAAACAGUGUGGGAAAACCUUCAGUUGGCCCAGUUCCUUUCGAAUACACGAAAGGACACACACUGGCGAGAAACCUUAUGAAUGUAAGGAGUGUGGCAAAACCUUCAUUUAUCGCACAACCUUUCAGGGACACAUGAGAAAGCACACUGGAGAGAAACCCUAUAAAUGUAAAGAGUGUGGGAAAGCCUUCAUUUCUCCCUCGAGCGUUCGCACGCACAUGAUAAUGCACACUGGAGAUGGACCUUAUAAAUGUAAGGAAUGUGGGAAAGCCUUCAAUUUUCCCAGUUCCUUUCGGAUACACGAAAGGACUCACACAGGAGAGAAGCCCUAUGAAUGUAAACAGUGUGGUAGAGCUUUCAGUUGUUACACGUCCUUUCGGACACAUGAGAAAACGCACACUGGAGAAAAACCCUAUGAGUGUAAGGAAUGUGGAAAGGCCUUCAUUUAUCGCACUACCUUUCGAGGACACGUGAGAAUGCACACUGGCGAGAAACCGUACAAAUGUAAAGAAUGUGGAAAAGCCUUCAGUCGUCCCAACUCAUUUCGAAGGCAUGAGCGAUCUCACACUGAAUAGAAACUUCCUGAAUGUAAGCAGCGUGGGAAAAAUGUCAAUGGACCUUCAUCCUCACAUGUGAAAGCCCCACGGGAAAGCAGUCCAACAAAUAUAAGAAAGCCUGAUACACAUGAAUCCCUAUGUAAUGUUCCAGAACAUUAUAUGUAACCUCAAUCAUUGUAAAAGUUAUAAAUAUAUUGUAUUUAUCAGUGCCUCAUUCUUAAAGUGGAUCUCUGGACUGUGGAUAUUUACUACUUAAUUUCAAAAAUGAACAUUGAGGUGAGAUAAUUCUGUAAGUACUCUUUUUACUGUUGUUUAAAGAUUAAUAGAUAUUUGUUUUCUCCUCAAAUCAGUAACAUUUUUCUCUUUCCAUUUUGGAGUCUGAUCCAUGGAUGAAUCGAGGUGGUUUCUAAAUGUGCGAGUAGGUUUAAUUUUAAAAUAAUGGUUUAGAAUUGUUGAUAAAUGACAUUUUGGUAUUUGUUGGGAUUUUCCCACUGGCCGCCUCUGUCAGAUACUGGAUCUCCAUUACCCAUCAAAUAUUCCAUCUUUCUUAGGAGAAAACCAGUUUUUGUCACCGGGGUAAUGUGACAUUUCCUAGAAUCUGUUCCCUUUGUGAUUCUACCUGUAGCCUCACUUGCAUGAGGUUUGGAAGGCCGGAGUACUGGAGGCGUUAGGUUUCAGAGCUGACAGACAGACAGAAGCUGUAUAGGAGCUUGGAGGAUAACCUGCUUAUAACCUGUUUUCCUGAUCGCUUGCCCUGCCAGUCAAGAGUGCCCUCAAAACCACAAUUAACUGCCUGACUUCCAUUUCUCAGAGGUCCAGGUUUCCACAUACAUCUUCACAUGUUCUGCAUCAAAGAUCCACCACAGUUUGGAUUUUCCUGCCAGCGCUCAUGCAUCCAGGCGACUAAUUGGAGCUUUCAUGGUUGGAAGUAUUCUCUGCUGCUCAGACUCUCCUCUCCUCUAGACUGCAUUCAUUUAAGGUCUAAUUUGUGUAGUAAACACCUUGUUUUGGUAAUACUGCUAGUGACCACGUGUUCCUGAUUCCACUGCGAUAGCUACAAUGAUGCCAUCCAAAAGAACCACCUUGGACUUUGGUCCUCUGCUGUGCGAACUGGCCCCUCCCCCGUAUCAGGCUGAUUAUGGAUGUUUCCCUUAGUUCACAGCUGUGUGUAGUUCCUCAGUGUGUCUUCAAGUAUGUUUGUAUGUGAUUAAAAGCAAUGCAUUUGUCAA